GGGAACCUGCACACAUAUACGCCCACCGUGUGAUUUGUGAAACAGGCACUUGGUCGCCCCCUGGUGCGGAUACAACAAAUCAAACCAAAAGUCAUAGUUUCGCUUUUCUUCCAAGGCUUGCAUAGUGUGACGGCGUUUGAAAGAUAGCAAGAGGCUACCGUGAAACAUUUGUAAGCAGAUGGCAGAGCUGGGCAGGACUGUGAGGGUGAGUGGUUUGCCUACAGACAUUGAGGAUGACAGGUUGAGAGACAAACUAUGCAUCUACUUCCUGAGAAAUAAGAAUGGAGGAGGGGAGAUAGAAUCUGUCACCAUUGUCGAAGCUUCACCUAACUCUGCCCUCAUCACCUUUGAGGACAGUGAAGUGGCACAGAGAGUUAUUCAACAUAGCUGGCACAUUCUGGAAGUGGAUAAGAAGAAGUAUGAACUCAUUGUCACUGAGCAUCAAGAACGCCUGGACCCAGACAAGGUCAUCUUGAGUUUGUCAGCAACUGUAGACUAUAGCCAACUUCCUGGGGGAAAAAUAGCAUUGACAGGCCUACAUAAGAGCCACCCUGAUGUCCAGAUAACCUACGAUACCAUUAGGAAAUUGUGCACUCUGGGUGGUGCCUACUGCAAAGUCCAGGCUGCCUUGGCAGAACUGCUUGGUCAGCCUGGAGGUUCACAAUCAGCAGAACACAAAGACUCAGCUCAACCCGCCACCAGUCGCCCUAAGUCUGCUAAUACAGUGCAAAAGCCACAUACUUUGGAGUCAGACGAUUACAGCAGAAAACCGAAUAAGCAAAGAGAACAAAGAGAGAAAGUUAACAUUGCAAGGCCUUCUGAUAAGUGCACCUCAAGCUCACAUAGAGACCUGACACCUGAUGGAUAUGACUGGGACGAUACAGGGCAGCUGGUGUGUGGAGCUCUGCAGCUUCCUGGACUUCCUACCAUGUCAGAAUCAGAGGACCUCUCGCUAAUUCUGGAUGCAGAUAUGUUCCAGUAUCUGCAGAAACGCUGCAGGAAGGAAUACCAGCAUAUCCUUAGUCAGUAUGGUGUUGAGGUGGUGGAUAUGACAAAUCAGGGCUUGACUACUCUGUAUCUGCAGGUUGCAAUAGGAGUGGGGGAGGAUGGUCAAGAGAAAGAGCGCAUGAAGUUGGCAAGAAGGGCAAUAAGUAAGCUUUACCAUGAGAAUGAGACCAAGAUCCGUAGAUCUCAGUUACCUAAGAAUAUCUUGUCUCCCGGGGGAAGCCUGCAAAAGGUGAUUGACAAAUUAAGUGUCAGACUUCCCAAGCUUCUUCUGAAUGAAGAUGACAGAAAUGUCUACAUUAUUGGGAGUAGUAGUGAUGUGUCUGAGGCCAAGCAGUUUCUUCUCCUGGACCAUAGCCACGAUGAGAGAGGUAAAAAAGAGGAUGUAGCCAGUCUUCUUAAUUUUCCCUCUUAUGCUUCGGGUUCAUCAACGCCUGCAGUUGAGGAGAGAGCGUCUUCUUCCUCUGCAGGAUCUCUGGAUGUUAGGAUAGAUCAGACGCUGCAGUCGGAGGAGGAUGAGAGGAGAGAUGAAGGAGCCAGAAGGUAUAAACUAGCUGCACGGUUUAAGGAUUCAGGGCUGUCUGCAUUAGGCAGUCGACCAGGAGACUUCACUGUACGGGGGCUCUCAUCUCCCAGUAGACAAACACGCCCUGGUCCAAUGUUAGGGCAUGAUGUACUUUCAGAAACAGCAGGGAUUGCUGGAGAAAGAGUCUCUAGAGCAGCAGCUCAAAACACUGGCGGUGACAUCUUGUUUAAGAGUGGAGAUGCUUUGCAUUCAUCUGUUUCUAUGCAGAGUAAAACCUCCUUGAACUCACAUUUAAUGAAUACCCCACCCAGGAGUACAACAGCCCCCCUUAGCACAACUCAACCCAGUCUGUCAGGAAGUACUACACUCCCACCUGCUGGGUAUGGGUCCACCUUAAAGCGAGCCAGCAGUUUUUCAGGAAUGCCUGAGAAUAAAGCUGAAAGUAAGGGUCAGAAGUAUCAAGAUGACCCCGGCAAGUCCAGUGUGAGAGUCAGGGGCAGGUCUUCUAGCUUCAGUAACCAAAAAGGGAGGGAUAAGCGAGAAGUCUAUAGAGCAGAGCUUACAGUUUCCGCUGUCAUGUGGUAUCACAUUAAAGAGGCCUACAGCAUGAGGGUGGACGACCUGACUUCUGAUGUCCAGAUAAAAGAGAGUAGCUCACAAAGUAGCAGGGAUUUGACUGUCUUUGUAAGAGGGGCAGACUCGUCCAAAGUAAGCUCAUGUCAGCUAGGUUUACAGAAGCUGGUUGACUCGGUCACUGCAGACUUCUCCAUGCAGGAGAUAUCCUUGUCAGAGCUAGGUGUUGCUGACCCAGAAGAUGAAACUUUACAGGCUUGUUGUACUGAGGUGCGUAGCAGGUUCAAGAAAGUUACCAUCCAGAUUUUGAAGAACAGCCUAUUUCUUUUGGGUCCGAAUCAGUUGUGUUCUCAGGUAGGUGCUUCAUUGCGGGAGGUAUUUUCUGGAGAUUUGGCCCAAAUACCUGAACAGCAAGAUUUAUCUAGCCUCUCUACCUCCAACUGGAAUCCAUCCACAUAUUUAAUGAAUGAGGACCAGAGUACUAGUCUGCACUGUCACAGUAAUCCUCAGUUUAUGCUAGAGAGCCAAACAGGCAAAGAACUAGUAGGAACUAGUAGAAGUCAGGAAAGGAGAACAAACCAUAGGGGUGACACUUAUGAGACUGAGCUUCCUAAUGGAUCUUUUAGCCAACCGUUAGUGAGGAAAGACCCUGUCAUCAAGGAGAAAGUUAAAAUGGCAGGCACUGUGGAGUUGGAUGGACAGAGGACUGAGACAUUUGCCAACCUCAUGACGAAAGGAAAUGACGGGAGCGCAAGACGUGUGAAUGGUGUCGGGUCAACAUCAACCCGUACUGAUAAAGAUACAGCCCUUCACAAGAAAGAGACAACCAUUCAAGCAGAGAUCCAGGAGACCCCAGAGGAGUCCAGGUUAGGUCAAGGAGGCCUGGGGUCCCUCUGUGUGUGUGGGGAGAGGGGGAUGUCGAUGACAAGAACCGAGUGUGGGGCUACCAUGUGCUGUAAGUGCCUGGACACUGUGCAUGUCCACUGCAGAGUUUGUGUUGAAAAAGAGCCGACACCCCGGGGCAUCCAGGGCGAAAUGAGCUAUUCUAAACUAAAUAUCAGUGUACCAGGUCACAACAAGGUUUCUGCUAUCAAGAUCACUUACUGCAUUCCAGAUGGUAUCCAAGGGGAGGGUCAUCCUUCUCCUGGAAAACCAUUUCAAGGAGCUGUACAUGAAGCCUUCCUUCCUGACUGUGAGAAAACCAUGAAGCUUUUGCCCAGGCUGGAGAAAGCCUUCAGGCAGGGACUCACCUUCACAGUGACCGGCAAAGAGACAGAGGCCAGGGUUACCUGGGAUUGCAUCCCACACAAGACCAGCCUACAGGGAGGCAAAUCAGGGAACGGUUACCCAGAUUCCACUUACUUGAAACGCUUGUCUGAGGUCUUGGCCUCCCUUGGGAUUGAUGAACCACCGGCCAAGUCUCAAGGAUGAGAAACAGCUAAGGAGUUUAUUUGUAGUUUUGUACUUUUUAUCUUUCUGUGGCAAAGCCAUUUGCAUUUUGUUUGUUGAUUAGUCCCAGGUCAUACUGCUUUGUAGAGCACAUAGCAUUCUUGUAGAACUUUGAAUCUCAUUCAGAAAAUAAAGUUACGACUCUCAUUGCA